GGGAUGAUUCGGAGGAUUAGAGUUACUCUGUCUGGCAUGGAGUAGACCCUCUGUAAAUGGCUGCUAGAUCAGUAGUCAUGAUGCUGCUGAUGGUAAUGAAUUGUGUAGCUAUUAAACAGCAGAACGUGUGACCUGCUGACAGUGCUGGAUCCCACGGCAAGGAACCGUCUGCAAGACCAGGAUUUCUGGUAGGUCCUGUUUUAGGACGAGAUGCAGCACUGUUGAAACGCCACUCUGCUUUGGUUCAGGCAGUUGGCUUUUCAGCUGGGAAGCCAUUUCUUCUUCUUCUUCUUCUUCUUUUUUUUUUUUUUCCCGACUUACUGAACUUAUGAAACCAUGGCGGAAGGAGAGAGAGAGUCAUCUGGGCCCAAAAAGCGUGGUCCCUACAUCUCAUCUGUCACUAGCCGGAGUGUGAACUUGAUGAUUCGAGGAGUAGUGUUGUUUUUUAUUGGAGUGUUUCUUGCAUUAGUGUUAAAUUUGCUUCAGAUUCAGAGAAACGUGACACUCUUUCCACCUGAUGUGAUUGCAAGCAUCUUUUCUUCGGCAUGGUGGGUACCGCCCUGCUGUGGCACAGCUUCAGCUGUGAUUGGGUUAUUAUACCCCUGCAUUGACAGGCAUCUAGGAGAACCACAUAAAUUUAAAAGAGAGUGGUCCAGUGUAAUGCGGUGCGUAGCCGUCUUUGUUGGUAUAAAUCACGCCAGCGCUAAAGUGGAUUUUGAUAACAACAUACAGUUGUCCCUCACACUGGCUGCACUAUCCAUCGGACUGUGGUGGACUUUUGAUAGAUCUAGAAGUGGUUUUGGCCUUGGAGUAGGAAUUGCUUUCUUGGCAACCUUGGUCACUCAACUGCUAGUCUAUAAUGGUGUUUAUCAAUACACAUCUCCAGAUUUUCUCUAUGUUCGUUCUUGGUUGCCGUGUAUAUUUUUUGCUGGAGGCAUUACAAUGGGAAACAUUGGUCGACAGCUGGCAAUGUAUGAAUGUAAAGUUAUUGCAGAAAAAUCUCAUCAAGAAUGAAGAAAGCAAAAAUUUAUCUUUUGUACAGAAAAAUAAGAUGGAAAGAGCAUGUAAAUGAUAGAUGCACCAACAAAAGUUCGGACUGUAAAAUUGCCAGGAUGCAGUUUUUCCCUUGAUCGGUGUAUAUAUAGAGACAGACAUAUACAUAUAUAUACACACACACAUAUAUUACUGCAAUCUGUGAUUGCUUCAUCUGUAAAUCAAGUACAAACCUUUAUGUAUUUGACUUAAAUAACUGUAAAAUAUAUAUGCACUACAUUAAAAAAGAACAUGUUGAUUCAUAGAUGAAAUUUUUAAAUUAAUUUUUUAAACAUACCAUAUGCUGUAUCACAAUGUUGAUGUGCCAAAAUAUUCUAUUGUCAUCCUGCAGAGUCUAAGAAUGCUUUGAACAAUUUAUAAACUUAGUGAAAUAAAAUAUGAGGACAGCCCCCCCAAUCAAAUGGAGAGCUGGCAUAUUCUCUUUUGCUUACUGUUGUGCCUGUUUGUUUUUCCAAUGACAGCAGUGCGAGUCAUGGGCGCCCUAAUGUGUGGUUAGUUUCUAUUUUAAUGUUGUCUCAGAGAGCUUUGGUGUUUACUAUAUGAUGAAAAAGAACUUCCAUAGAACAUUUUCAAACCUGUGUCACUGGAAAGAGUCCAAAGAGUAAUAAUUUUUUAUUUUAACUUAUUUUCCUGGAGGUAAAAGUGACGAGCAGGAGAGUUUAUCAGCAUUAAAUUGUUUUGAGUCUAAAUCUGGAAGAAUACAUACAAUUAAAAGUAAGGACCAUUAAAAAUUUUACCUAGAGUAAAUAUGUUUUAGAAAUACAUAAUGACCUUCUGCAGUGCCACAAAGUGUUCAGUGAUAUUAACUGUCAUUUGUAAUACAGUAUUCCACUGCUUUUGCACAUGGAACACAUAAGAAACCCCAAACAGGUCAUCAUGAAGUUUCUGAUUUUCUUAGGUCCCAUAAUCUAUUGGGUUCUGUAAAGUAAACCACUUUAGUGUGGCUGCGUCAUAUGACUGAUGUCAGUGGAUUGCUGUCUGGGGAAUAGAUGGGCACAUAAUUUCUUACAUAUUCAGAUGCCCAUUUGUGCAUAGUUUUGGAGUUAUUGUUUAAGAAUAUAUUGAGGUAGUAUAUAGUGCAUGUUAAAGACCUUGAUAACAGUUUUAUACAUAUCUAGAGCCAACAACUAGAGCCAUUGAAGUAUGAUUUAAACAUAUUCUUCGUUAACUCCCCCCCAUUGAAAUUGAUGGCAAUUGUCUGACACACAAGGGUGAAAUCUGUGCUUCUCUGGAGAUGUGUGUUUGUGUGAGUGUGUGUGAGUGUGUGUGUUUGUGUGUGGGACUGAGUGAGAGGGAGGACGGAUGUACGUGUGUAUGUAUGUGCAUGUGCUCACACUCUCUAUGUCAACUAGAUAUUUUUCAAUUUUUGAUUUUCAAACCAUUGCUGUCUGACUGAGAUCUUGUAUGCCAGACUUUAAUCUGCUCCUAUAUUUUAAGGCUGAAAGUGUGGACAUCCUAAAAGGAUUUCAAACUAAAUAUAUGUACACAAUCUUAACUGUACUGGUGGUAAACAUACUACUAUAAUUUAUUAUUCUAUCUUCCAGAUAAUGUUAUUCAUUUAGAACAAAUAAGGUAUAUUUUUAGAAUCAACUUUGUAAGCGCUAUAAAUCUUUAAUAAAUUAUAAGGCCUCUGAUGUGUUUACUUUGAAAAUUGCUGUUUAAAGCAAGAAGUAUUAAAUGUAUAAUUAUCAUCUUGGUUAA